AUGUUUGAUGCAUCUAUACAAAUCAAUAAGCUUGGCAGAAUCAUCAUCGGCCUCUAUGGUAAUAUCGUUCCAAAGACUGCAGAAAAUUUCCGAGUCUUGGCUACCAACGAAAAGGGAUUUGGAUAUCAAGGCUCUCACUUUCAUCGAGUCAUUAAAGAUUUCAUGAUCCAAGGCGGUGAUUUUGAAAACGGUGAUGGAACGGGUGGUUACUCUAUAUAUAAAGAUCGCAAGUUUGACGAUGAAAACUUUGAACUGAAGCAUGCUGGCCCUGGAUAUGUCAGCAUGGCCAAUGCUGGUAAAAACACUAAUGGUGCACAGUUUUUUAUCACAACAGUCGCGACAAAAUGGCUAGAUGGCCGUCAUGUUGUUUUUGGAAAAGUGAUUGAAGGUAUGGAUGUUGUCUUCAGAAUUGAAAACACAGAAAGAAAUGGAAGUACACCCACCAAGAAAGUGGUGAUUGCCAGUAGUGGCUCACUUCCACUGUAG